GAAUAACGGGACUGCUCGACGGUCGGGGUCGGGGCUCUUGAUUUGGGCUAGAUCCCGACAAGGGCCAAUGAAACCAAUCCACUUUCUCUUGCGCGAACAACGGAUCGUUUACGUAAUCAUCGGCAUGCUGAUUACCACGGGUCUUAUGGCCAUCAAAUCCAGCUUAUCAUCGCCUAAGGAAGAUGCAAGGCGCGUCGUACCUAUGGACUACCUAGCUGGAGGUAAGGACGAAUGGGAAGUGAUUCCUGAUAUCGGUGUUGUGGUAGACAAGGUCGCAACUGCACGCGUCACUGGGACUGCGCUGAGGAGGCCCCUGGUACUGCUUAAGCGGAGGAAGAGGGUGUUGGUGACAGGGGGCGCGGGAUUUGUUGGCAGUCAUUUGGUGGACAGGUUACUUGAGAGGGGUGAUGAAGUGAUUGUCGUUGACAAUUUCUUCACUGGGCGGAAAGAGAACGUUGUGCAUCAUCUCGGUAAUCCUCGAUUCGAACUGAUUAGGCAUGAUGUAGUUGAGCCAAUUCUGUUGGAAGUGGAUGAGAUCUACCAUCUGGCGUGCCCGGCCUCUCCAGUCUUCUAUAAGCAUAAUCCUGUGAAGACCAUCAAGACGAAUGUCGUGGGAACGUUGAACAUGCUGGGGUUGGCGAAGCGGGUUAAUGCCCGGUUCUUGCUGACGAGCACGAGUGAGGUUUAUGGCGAUCCCCUCCAGCAUCCUCAGAAGGAAGAGUACUGGGGCAAUGUCAACCCGGUUGGUGUUAGAAGCUGCUAUGACGAAGGCAAGAGAACUGCUGAGACACUAACCAUGGAUUACCACCGAGGGGCAGGGGUUGAGGUGCGAAUUGCUCGGAUUUUUAAUACUUACGGGCCACGGAUGUCUAUUGAUGAUGGAAGGGUGGUCAGCAAUUUCGUUGCUCAAGUUGAAGGCCUAGUUUUGUUGAUGGAGAGCGAGCACACCGGCCCGUUCAAUCUGGGUAAUCCUGGGGAGUUCACAAUGCUCGAGCUGGCAGAGGUUGUUAAAAAGGUUGUGGAUCCCAGUGCCCAAGUGGAAUUCAGAGAGAACACUGCGGAUGACCCGCAUAAGAGGAAGCCAGACAUUUCCAAGGCAAAGCAGUUGCUGGGGUGGGAACCGAAGAUACCACUGAUAGAAGGUCUCCCUAGAAUGGUUGAAGAUUUCAGGCAGAGAGUGAUUGGGCACAGUACGGGUAACGAUGUGGUCUAAACGACAACACCUUUUCGACUUUCUGGAUAUUCCACUUUUGUUUGUCCCAUGUUGUUUUCCUUUCGUUCGAUCGCAGAAUAAAGUGGCAGUAAUCACCGGCACCUCGUUCAAUCCCAUUCAUGGCCAGCUAGUAGCUGCAGAUAGGUUCUUCCUUGUUUUUUUCCCAUUCCGUGCCCGAUAGACCAUGUGGCCUGAUGCUGCGGGCCCAAGCAUGUGUCGUGAGUCACCCCUUUGCAUGGGAGCCCAAACAUGGGAAGGAGGUGUGUGUGUGUGUGAGGAGUGUACAUGCGGUGUGGAAUACAAUCCUGUCUGCUGGAGGCCUGAUGUUGAUCAGCCUGUACAGAGAAAGGAUUGGGUAGUUGUCUUCCUUCAUUUGUCUAUCCGCUUGGUGAUAAUUAGGUUUUUUAGUGCGCCAUUAUGACUUUACCUUUGUGUUUCAGCAUCAGUUACUACUGUUAGGGUCCAUCGAUGGCAUGGCCCUAUAACUCUGGACCUGAACCAUCCCAUCUAGCUCCUCUCUCUCUCUCUCUCUCUCUCUCUCUCUCUCUCUCUCUCUCUCUCUCUCUCUCUCUCUCUCUCUCUCUCUCUCUCUCUCUCUCUCUCUCUCUCUCUCUCUCUCUCUCUCUCUCUCUCUCUCUCUCUCUCUACCCUGGGCCUUGGAAGACGAUCUCCACCUCUGCCUCCGACACACCUGCAUGUGCACGCCCUGAAGCUGCUUGGCUGAGUACAAUCCUCUUUCUCAUUCCUCCGGCUGCUUGGCUGAAGAGAAUCUACAGUGAACACUUGCCAAAAAUGAGGUGGGGAUAGGUCCUGCAGGGGACCAAGGACGUUUGUGCACUCUGCAUUGUCCAUGGAACGAUCUGGAUAUUUGCUCACGUGAAAAAGCCUGGAGUACGAAGCAGACGAGCUUUCUGCUCCCCUCAUGGAUGUGUGUUCCGGCGAAAACAGCGUUUUCGAUUGUCAUGUGCUGUUGCCAAGCGACAUUCGGUUGUAUGUGACACCAGUCUGCAUCAGGGUGGAUGGUCACGUGCGUGAGUUUACUGGCUGGGUCUGCGUGACUAUUGUAUAGAACCCACUGCACGUAUUUUUUGUGCAGACCCCACUGCACGUAUUUUUUGUGCAAACCCCACUGCACUUAUCUGCUUUGUAUAGGCCCUCUUGCUUGCAUUGGGCCCAAAUUGAAUGGGGGAUCGUAACAUGCAAUAGUGAAAGAGCGUUUAAUACUCUGUUUAUCGUCCACAUUUGGUAAGGAGAAUCUUCGACCUGGAGUACGGACGAUUGAGGCCAGGCCCAGGCGUAUUGUAUACUUGCAGCAGCUGUCUCCUUGGGGGUGCACUGCCAUGGCAGACGUUGGCGUUCAGCACUAAGGUUGUCGUCCUUCGGAUAAGAGGAGGCAAUCGCCAGGGAGAGUCUUAUAUUUUUCUUGCAUCAUCUUCAACGACAGCCAGAGAGGUGUUGUAUAGGAGGCCCAUCGCUGACUCCGGCAAGCAGCCGACUACUCCGAUCUUUGUGCCUGGAAUAAAAAGCUCGGGCACCUGCUGAGCAGCAUGGGCCCGAGGACGGCAAUUGCCAUGAAGAGGUGUCUGGAGAACUCGGGAGAUUUUGUUGAAGAAAGCGAGUAUUCCGCUGUACUGGGCCGGUGAUUUUUGCCAUUUCGUUUCUGAAGCGAAUAAAGAAACCCCACAGGGGGAUCAAAUGAAAAGGGUGGAUUGGUGCUGUGAGCUGCUGCGGGAAAUGAGUGCUGUCGGUAAGUUCAUCAGCAAAUGCCUCAGUCAUAAAAGACAGAUGUGUUCAGAAGAGGCGUCGUUGUAUAUAGAAAAGAUGCGAAUGAUUUUACUCGUUGCUUUGCGAUCUCUUUGAGACUUUGUGAAAGCUCUCUGUCCAUGAACAGAGGCUAUCGGCAGUCCAAGAGUACUGAGAGAUCGUGUGAACCUUUUAGCCAAAUGUUGUUGAAGUCUUGAAGAUCAUUGUUAAGGUACAGCGCGGAAGCAAUUGGUUUUCCACUGUGCUUUUUUACGGGGAUACCCACAUAGGCAUUUGUGGAUGUAAAUGAGCGCUUUUACAGCGGGGUUCUGUCUGAACCUGACUGCAAUUAGGUCCACGGAGAAGUUGAAAAAUCCCUGGCGUGAGUAUGCCCUAAGUACCAGAAAUUCCCACGAUUGGCAGCAUCAGUGAGAGCGCUGAGAGAUUGUGCAAACACCUUUAGCGGAGUGUUGUUGGCCAUGUGUUGUGAAGGUGUAGGACAAAGCAAUCGAUUGCCACAGUGCCAUCACUAAAGCACUGAAAUCUCUGUGGUAUGGGUGGAGUCGCAGCAUAUCCCCUUUUAUUGUUACAGGAAGAGGAAAUAGAGGAGCAUAUAAAUAGCCAGGUCCCGACAGGCGGCCGAAUCUGGUCAGGCUAGAUACAAUGCCUGACAGCAAAGUCAAGACAGCAAAGUCAACACUGAGAUAACAAUAAAUGAUUCCCCCUGCAGGAGACAGUUAACACGGAGAGGGGCGUCGAUAAAUAGCCAGGUCAGACCGACAGGCGGGCGAAUCUGGUCAGGCUAGAUACAAUGCCUGACAGCAAAGUCAACACUGAGAUAACAAUAAAUGAGUCCCCCUGCA